CCCUGGCACCCGGGAUGACGUGGGUGACUGUGGGCGGGCCGAUUCCGGGCCUGGCGCGAUCGGGGGCAGCCGCUGCCGAAGCCGCCGCGGGUUGAGGAACGGACACCGUUGUUGCUGCCGUCGCCGUCCUUCGGGCCUGUGCAGGGCCGGACAGCCGGAGGGGGACCAGGCGGAGGAGGGGCCCUCCCCGCCCCACCCCUGCCCGCCUGCAGCGCUCCAGCAGGGCCUCCCUCCCCUCGCCCUCGCCCUCCUCUCGGCGCCCCCGCUCGGCCUGGCCAUGUCGGGGCUGCUGGGCAAGCUGUUCGGGACGGGCCCGGGGAAGGGCGCCGGGAAGGGCCCCUCCCCGCAGGAGGCCAUCCAGCGGCUCCGCGACACCGAGGAGAUGCUGAGCAAGAAGCAGGAGUUCCUGGAGAAGAAGAUCGAGCAGGAGCUGGCCGCCGCCCGCAAGCACGGCACCAAGAACAAGCGCGCUGCUCUUCAGGCUCUAAAGCGGAAGAAGAGGUAUGAGAAGCAGCUGGCUCAGAUAGACGGCACGUUGUCCACAAUCGAGUUCCAGAGGGAAGCCCUUGAAAAUGCCAACACCAACACUGAAGUGCUCAAGAACAUGGGCUUUGCUGCGAAAGCCAUGAAAGCGGCACAUGACAACAUGGACAUUGACAAAGUAGAUGAACUCAUGCAGGACAUUGCAGAGCAGCAGGAAUUAGCAGAUGAAAUUUCAACAGCUAUCUCAAAACCUGUAGGAAUUGGGGAAGAGUUUGAUGAGGAUGAACUCAUGGCUGAACUAGAGGAACUAGAACAGGAAGAAUUGGACAAAAACUUGUUGGAGAUCAGUGGUCCGGAGACAGUCCCACUACCCAAUGUGCCCUCAAUAUCUAUACCUUCAAAGCCAACAAAAAAGAAAGAAGAGGAAGAGGAUGAUGACAUGAAAGAGCUAGAAGCCUGGGCUGAAACCAUGUAACGACACACAUUACCAGCUGGAGAAGCAAUUGGGACUCUGGUCACCUGCUGCUACAGGUGCACACCUGGGUGGGAGACAUCAUUAAGCUCAAUGUCUUUAUUUCUUUACUCUAAGCCCAAAGCACCGGGAGCUGCAUUCUACAUAGCAUGGUCUGAGCAAGGGAAACAGUUUCCAUGGAAAGUUGCCUGCAGUUUAGGAUGCUGGAUUUCUUUAAAUAAAAAGCCUUGUUGGUAAAAUUCCAACAUGCAGCUUCUGGACUUUGCUAAUGCCACCGCUGGAUCAUCCAAGAUUCUGGCUGUGUUGGGUCUGACUUGGGAUGUGAAGCCUGUAACUUAAGUUGAUUGAAAAGUUUUUAGAAGUCUUGUCAAGCAUUUCAAAAGGAAAAGUCGUAAGCCAUGGUUGGCUUAUUAUGCUUAGGUGUACAAAUGCAUUAGGCUUUUAGUUCUUUAAAGUCUGUAUUUAUAUCCAUUGACAACAUUGGCACUACUCUCAUCACUACACUGACUUGGUCACAGUUCUCAUUUCAAUGGGUGAAAUGGAUUUGGAAUGAUAAAAGUUGGUUUAUCAUGGAGGUUUGUGGGCGAGGGUGGUGGUUUACACUCCCAAUUCCAACUCAACGUUUUUCUACAUAGCACUUGGAUGUUGAUUGCUAUUUGUGAUAACCAAUAGCCCAUUCAAACACAUUUAUUUUAAAUAAGGAUCUAUGGUUUGCACUGUAUUAAAUAUCUUGAUUGAUUUUCA